AUGUUCCCUUCAUCAAUCAAGAGGCCCCAUUUUUCGCUUCUUCUAAUGGAACACAAGGGCUCAAAGCAACAGCCUCAAGAUGUGGCGGCCUUGUUGAGCCCAAACAUGGCACAAGGCAAGCUGGAACAGGUGAAGGAUGAUAGUAAAAAGAGGCAAUUAGCCCCCAAAAGAAGCUCUAACAAAGAUAGGCAUAAGAAAGUUGAAGGGAGAGGUAGAAGAAUUAGGAUACCAGCUUUAUCUGCAGCUAGAAUUUUUCAGUUGACAAGAGAGUUGGGUCAUAAAACUGACGGAGAGACAAUUCAGUGGCUUUUACAGCAGGCUGAGCCAUCAAUUAUUGCUGCAACAGGUUCGGGGACAAUCCCAGCAUCAGCUAUUACGGCUGCAGGGACCUCUGUUUCAGAACAAGGAAGUUCUGUCUCUUCAGGUGUCUAUGCAAAAUUCAAUGAAAUUGGAGCACGAAUCGGAAUGAGGAAUCAUUUGGCUAUGAUUGGUGAAGAUUUCGGUAGAUCCCAUAUUCCACCCGGGGCGUGGCCUUCUUUCACUGGUUUUGGAUCUGAAAUUCUGCAAAAUUCUAAUGUUUUAAGCUUGAACCGUAUGCCUAAACUCGGUUAUCAUGGGUUAGAAUUCCCUAAUUCAGUGGAUAUCAGUAACCAUAUGCCAGGUCUAGAGCUUGGUCUUUCUCAGGAAGGUCAUAUUGGAGGUUUGAAUCUUCAAGCCUUGAACCAGCUUUACCAGCAAAUCGGACAGAAUGGAGAUCCUACUAAGGAUAACUCUCAAGGAUCAAGGCAGUAG